CUUUAUAAACUAAUCCCUGAAAAUUAACUAUAAUACUCUCUCUCUAACCUAUCUGUCAACAUGAUGCCUCAUUUUUAAACCACCUCCUUCCUCCCUUCAUCACCUUCUCCCGAUCUCUUCUUCUUCUUCUCUCUCUCUUUCUCUUCAAUCACUUUUUCAUAUUCUAACGUUACAAACGAACUGAAGACAUUUAUCAGUAAGAGUUUUUAUUAAUCAUGGACGCCAGGUUUAGCUCCAACAACCCCUUUAUCAGUGAACAAGAGGAAGAUACUAUACCGGAGAGUGGCUCGGAAUCUCCUCCUUCUUCUACGUUCAACGACAUGAAGACCACCUCUACUUCCUCCCCCAAGAAAAAGCGAGCCAUGCAAAAGAGAGUUGUAUCAGUACCCAUCAAGGACGUUGAAGGUUCAAGACUCAAAGGCGACAGCGCUCCGCCGUCUGAUUCCUGGGCAUGGCGGAAGUACGGCCAGAAACCCAUCAAAGGUUCCCCUUAUCCCAGAGGAUACUAUAGAUGUAGUAGCUCAAAAGGAUGUCCAGCAAGAAAACAAGUAGAGAGAAGCAGUGUGGAUCCCACCAUGCUAGUCAUCACCUACUCUUGUGAACACAACCAUCCUUGGCCGUUACCUUCUAGAAGCCACCACCACCACAACAACAGUUCCAAGCACGCCAAACCGGAGCCCCAGCCCGAUCCUGAACCCGAGCCCGAGCCCGAGCCCGAGCCUGAGCCUGAGCCCGAGGAGAAGUUCUCAGAUCUUGCUGAUGAUCACACGCUUAUAUCAACUAGCGCCGACGAAUUCAGUUGGUUUGGCGAGAUGGAAACCACGACGUCCACCAUUUUAGAGAGUCCGAUUUUUACGGAGUCCUGUGUCGGCGAUUCGUCUGACGUGGCGAUGUUUUUCCCUAUGAGAGAAGAAGAUGAGUCGUUGUUCGCCGAUCUUGGCGAGUUACCGGAGUGUUCGACGGUGUUUCGUCAUAGGAAUUUUGGACCGGAGGUCCAGAUCUGCUGACACGUGUCCGCUGGUAAAUUUUUCAACGGUGUGCGUAUCGUGCACUACAAGAUAACAGGAAAAAAACAAUCGGGAAACAUUUUUUUUCUCUUGAUUUUUAUAAUUUUUAAGUUGUUUUUAUAUUAAAUAUAUCUCUUGGCUUUGAUUUCAGUGUAGUAAAUGAAUAAAAAUAAAGCCUCCGAUUCCAAAUUAUGUCGUGAUGUUGUUGUAGUUUGCAUCAUAGCCGUCCAUUGUCAAAUUCUCAAGUGUCUCC